UAACCCCUUCAAUAUAGUGCGUCAACGCUGGCUAUUUUGUGUUGCGUUGUUUAGGGGAAAGGGAAACCAAAUCAAGAGCUGCAAAAAGGAAUCGCUGAUCGAUUGAAUUAUCCUUCUUUGUUACUUGGAGCGGGUCAUGGCGAGUGGAGGCGGAAAUGGCGAUGGCGAUAAGAAUCAGCUGAAGCUGUAUUCGUACUGGAGGAGUUCUUGCUCCCGCCGUGUUCGUAUUGCCCUCAACUUGAAAGGGCUGAAAUACGAGAACAUAGCAGUUAACUUGGUGAAGGGAGAGCAUUUCAGUCCAGAGUUUUUAAAGCUUAAUCCUCUUGGUUACGUACCGGUGCUCGUGGAUGGAGAUAUUGUACUUUCUGACUCUUUUGCCAUCAUACUGUAUUUAGAAGAGAAAUAUCCUCAGCAUCCAUUGUUGCCUCGAGAUCUUCAGAAAAGAGGCAUCAAUUACCAGGCUGCCAGUAUUGUUUCCUCAAGCAUACAACCUCUUCAAAAUCUAGCUAUACUGAAGUACAUUGAAGAAAAAGUUGGUCCCAAUGAGCAAAUUUCUUGGGCUGAACAGCAUAUUGAAAAAGGCUUUGCAGCACUUGAAAAGCUGUUAAAAGACUAUGCUGGACGAUAUGCAACUGGAGAUGAAGUUUUCAUGGCAGAUUUGUUUCUAGCGCCUCAGCUUGAUGCAGCAACUAAAAGGUUCAACGUGAACAUGACCCAAUUCCCUCUUUUAUCCAGGUUGAAUGAGGCAUACAAUGAAAUACCAGCUUUUCAAGAUGCUAUGCCACAAAAGCAGCCAGAUGCUUCUCCUGCAAGCACUUGUUAAACGAAUUGGUUGAGGAGCAUGAAGUGCCACGUGGUCAAGCUUCAGGAUAGGCAUCUCUGAGCAUGUUUGUAUCGAGGUGUUGAAAUAAAGGUCCUUACAUCAUGGAAUCGUGUGGAAUAAUGUUAAUACAAGUUGAGACUGAAUUGAUACAUACAAUUAACGGUUUUUGGUUUGGCCUGUUUGAAUUUCCUGAAAUUCAUCUUGCUUUAUUCACUAAAGUAGUAGUUAUUUUUGUUGGUA